AUGGCAUCGCGGACAACCCCAAAAAGAUGGCGACCCGAACACAUCAUCUGGGUCGGAGAUGAUCAAGGGCUACCAGAAGAAGGCUCACGAAUACUGGUUGGAAGCAUGGUCGCAGUUGGAAGCGAGGACAUUGCAGAAAACCAUCAAAUUCCACCUUGUUUCCAAGACGCGGAGCGGAAACGAAUCACCAACGAAGCCGGGCCCAAAUGGGUCUACAACGGGCCUAAAGACUCUGCGCAUCGAGAGAUACACCAAUCUAUCAUCAUCGCCUCUGAGAUGGGGCGGAUUGUAGGUUGCGCGCCCUCGAGUCAAGACUACAGCGACCUGAAAGUAGAUGAGUUGAGGGGUUUGAUACGAGAACGACGUCUUGGACCACCAGGGAAGAGAAAAAAGCAGGAACUCGUGGAUACGCUCAAUGAUAUUGAUCGAGCAGCACUUGAAGAUGGCGCAAUACCUUCUGUUUCUUACUGGCCUUUUGACAAGUUGCUCGCUUGCCUCGACGGUACUUCUGCAGACCAAAUCGAGCAUAGGACGCUCUUCAUAUUCUGCUGGUCUGGAAUUCCGAACAUGCCAAGGAUUCACGCCGUGUAUCAAAGGCUCGGAGAGUUACAAGAAGGAAGAGCACGCUGCUAUCCGGAGUUUGGAGAUUUACAUCAUUCGGAAUGCAAGAUUGGAGAUAUUGCUGCUCUGGAAUACAUUGCCAAGAAGGCCAUCUCUCCUGCAUAUCAAUAUCGGCCUCAAACAUGCUUCAAGACGGAAGAUUGCACUCUUGAAGGUCCAGCUGUGAUCAAAAGAAGCCAUUCUGCAGGUGGCGACAAUGUGCAUCUAAACCCCACUGCAGAUCGAACAGAAAGACUGCGUUGCCAGGCAGGAAUACGACGGCGCUCUCCUCGUGUAGCACCACCACCCGGCGAAAACAAUCGACAAGCUAUCGCAUCUCUACCUUUCUCCCAAGAGCGACUAAGAUACAUGAUCUCCGCCGCACCAAUCUGGUUUCACCAAGGAAAAGUCCCAUCCCUGAUCAAAUUUGGCGAAUUCCGGCUCAUCAUCGUCACGAUACCAGAUGAGACCGGUCUCCGCGGCAUCAAAGGCGCCGUCUUCGAAGCUUUUCAUACAAAGCCUCGCGAUGGUCGUCCGGAAGAACCGUUGGUGAAUGUCAUGAAUCGCGUCCCGCAUGCUUUGCUAAGUGCUGAGCAUUGCGGGACCCGGACAUAUCACAACUUGGAAUCUUUCGCGUUGUUCAUCUUCGAGCAGUUGCGGCAGUACGGUGCGAGGGAGGAUGUAGUUGAGCCUACUAUCCCAAGAGCGGAAGCGGAGACAGAACCAGACAGACCUGCGAAAGCUGCAAAAGACACCCCACAAGCAACAGGUACCGCAGAAAACAGCACCGAACCCAGCCCACCACCGCCUGAUUCCUCCCCUCUCUCCUCACCAGCAACCUCUCCAACAGACACUCCGAACGCCACUCAGCAGACGGACACCUACCGUACCACAAUGUUCGAUUCGCUAGAAGUAGGAGUCCGCAUGGACAUAGGCAUCUCUUCGGCGGAAAACGGACAUCGAUUCUUCGUGAAUGAAAUCACGAGGGAAUGGUAUGGUGAUUUGAUUAGUUUCAAAACUGGAGAGCCUAGGACGAGAAUUUGCUGUGCGUUGGCUGCUGCUAGGGCUAGGUUUUUGUUUGAUGUUGUGGAGGAUGAGGAGUCUGAAGAUGGGGAUGAGACUUGGAAUGGGUUCUCGGAUGAGAUUGCUGGGAGUGAGGGAGGGAUGGGGGAUGGAGAUGGGGUGGAGGGAGUUGGUGGCGCAGGGGAUCAGGGAGGCGAUGCGAUUGUUAUUGGAUCAGAUGAUAUUGAAACCACUGAUACCGUAAGCGAUAGUGGGAUUUUGGACAUUGAUCGCUUGAGAAGUACGGUGCAGUUCACUGGUCAGAAUACGCAAGACACUGAAACUCCUGUUGAGCCUGCUGUAGAAGAGUAG